UUCGUUUCUAUUCAGUAGUGUUUACUUUCCUGUCUAGUUGGAGGGUGUUGUUUCCACUCGUCCAGUGUUGUAGUUAUCAAAUAGCAUGCAGCCGGGUGACUAUUUACAGUAUUUUAUCUGAAAUACUGUUUCAACGCAAACUAUGUAUUAAAUUUAAUAAUUCUACACGUAUUACUGCGAGGAAUCAACUGGAUGUGAUGGAUCUUUCCGAAGCAAUGAAAAUUGCGCUGGCCAAAAGCCAUUCUGCACAAGCCGCCGCCCAGGCUGCGGCUGCCGCAGGCAAUAGUGGUAAUGUCUCCGGUGCUCAUGGUAAUUCUGGAGAUCAAUCCGGUGCUGGAUAUGUCACCGAGAAGCUGUACAUGCUUCUCCAGUUGUAUCUACAAAAUAAGGGUUGGAGUCCAUCGGUGGAACUUUUACAAUGCUUCGCCGAGUUGAAAGAUACACCGGUUCUUCCAAGUGCAGCUUACUUGCAAGUAUUGGCAAGUCGUGUAGCGCUCGAUGCUCAAGGAAGAUUAGUGCUUCGAGAGUCCGGUAAGAUUAUACUUCCGUAUGAACAUUUUGCCAACGCAGUGAUGCUGAAGCACAUGUCUGGGCCACACGGUUUACACUUGAGUGUGGAAGCUACAGUACGGGCAGUUUUAGACUCGUACACAAUUGGACGAGAGAAUCUUGGUAUGGAAAAGGAGUUCAUAGUGGAAGUGGUACAAUCGUGUCCCAGCCCUGCCUGUCGGUAUUACAAAGGACAGAUCGGAGUUGGUCCGUUUAUUGAGCAAUCAUUCAACCCGACAAGUCAUCUGAACUCGGACUAUCUGGCUCAUUUGCAGCAGUUGGGCCAGUCGGGUCUAGAUAUUGGGGCAGUUGAUCCAGCAGGGAAAACAUUGAAUGCCCAGGUAAAAAUGCCGAAGACUACAAGUCAGCAACAGCAAAUAACUGCAGCAAUCAUACAACAGCAAAACCGUGCAAUGGCUCAACAGUCUUUGGAAAAAUUUGGUAGCCUAACAAAUCUAGAGAAACAACGAGUUCUUCAACAAUUGGAUAAAAAACAUUAUGAAGCUGUCCAAGCUCAAGCAGCUAGUAUGCCACCACAGUUGGUGCCUGCUAACAACAGUAACACUAUUUCCGUUCAAACUGCUGUAGCCAACAGUCAGCAAGCAGCUGCGGCCGCGGCUACGCUGCUUCAACAACAGCAACAACAACAACAACAACAGUCUCAACCAAUAGAUGUUCCCCGAGUUUCUCAAUCGGUUCCACUUCCACAUCCAGUUACUCAUUCACCGGUCCAACAGGUGACACCAACUCCAUCGCAGAUCGCUGCUCAAUGUCAGCUUGCUCAACCACCAUUGCAAACGGUCAAUAUGGACACCGGACAUAAGCUAUCCGACUAUAUGAGAGGUGCUGUAGAUCCACUGGAAAACAUGUCCACUAGCAAAGACUUACUGGCGCUGCAUAACGGUGCCUGGUCUCAGGACCGUGGUGACGGACUGGCGGUGAGCCAGGAUAAAAUUAUUCGUGCAUUUAGCGAGCUCAUGCGCAACAUUUCCCGCAUGAAGACGUUCAUUCGGCCCAGCAUGUGCAAGCCGUACGGGAAGCAGUCGGAAAGUUUGCAGAAAACUCUGUUCGAUACCAUUCAAUUGGUGCAGUCCUUGCGUAACUGUCUUCCGGCACCGCAUAUCCCUGUAAGCUCAUGGAAGAGCGAAACUCAUGCUGGUUCAAAUGGUUCUGAAGCUGUCUAACCACCUGUAAGGGCACAGAUCAAUUGCAAUUUCUAAAAGAAAAAUGAUUAUCUUAAAUAAUCAGAAUAAUAGUAGGAAUUACUAUGAAAAAAAUAACAAAUCUUAGUGUUUUGUCGCACAACCGUUCGUCGAAAUGAUCAAAUCUACUACAUUGAAGUGGACGCUUUGAAAAUGCAUUUAUUUAGCACAUAUUUUAUUUGUUCCUUUGUCAGCAGUAGCUGAACUCGAAAGUUAACUAUUAUUUUAUGAAUGUGAUAAUUUAAAGCAGUUUAACGUACUUUUGCUACUAAUGCGUACUUUAUCGAAUAUAAGAAAUAAUCAUGAAUUUAAAAAAAUCCUAAGCAUCACGCAUCUUAUAUAUCUAAUAGCAAUUUCCUUCGGCAGUUGGUAAAGCCAUUCGGCUGGGGAGUUUUUUUUUUUUAUCAAAAAAUGGUAAUAAACUUGUGAUAGAGUAACACAAUUUUUAAUGAAAAGCAACAAAACCGAAUAGAUGGUUCAUGAACGCGUUUGCUUUAUAUUUAGGAAAUGUCAAACUCACUCAUCAUUGUUGAGUUGAACGUAGUCGAUAGGUUCAAAAUUUUUCUUCCAUGCUCAUGAAAGUAGUUUACGUCAUAAUCAUACAGAAGCAGCGUUUGCUCAAUAAACUCGCAAUUUCAAACUAAAAUUUGAACAUGCUUAAACGAAAUAUCGAUAUUAUACAUGUGCAAUAAAUAAUAUGACUUAAUAAUGCAUUAAUAUUUCAAAUAGAUGUAGGAAAAUGUCAUUCUCAUGUUUGUCGAAUUUAAUA